AUGUCUUGGCUCGCAGGGUAUGGCAAGGAUGCCGAUGAGGAGAACGACAAUCUCGGCGUCGACUGGGUGCUGCAGUACGAGUUUGGUGACAUUGACCAGGAACAGGCCAUUGCAGAAUACCGCACUCUCAUCCACGACCUGACCGAAGCUGGUCUUCGCGUCCAGGUCCGCCACGGCCAUGGUGCAUCUCUCCUGGUCUGCGUCCGCGUCCCGCGCGACCAGUUAGGCCGCAUGAUCCAUAAAGCCAGACUCAAAGACUGGCUGUGUGGAAUCACCCACAGCUUGCCCGUGGGCGACGAAAACGCGACUGCCGGCGCAGACACGCCCGCGGAAGAGCUUCGCUCCGUCUACCACACAAUCACCUGGCAAAAAGAACUCGGCGGGGCCGGCGUCACGCCCAAAUUCGGAAAGUGGAAGAACGUCACGGCCUCGUUCCCUCUACACGACCAGGACGCCUGUGGCGAACUCCUCAGGAAAUGGAGCAAAACAACGGUGUUGACCGCCAAGGAUCUGGAUAUCAUUCGAGCAUUAUUUGGUGAAAAGGUUGCAUUCUACUACGCUUUCAUUCAAUGCUAUUCGCUAUUCCUCAUUGUGCCCGCGGUGCUGGGAGUCAUUGGCUGGAGGUAUCUGGGCCCGUACUCGGUUCUCUAUGGCGCCGUUCUGUGUCUCUGGUGUAUUGUGUUCGUCGAGUACUGGAAGAUUCGCGAGGCCGAUCUCAGCCUGCGAUGGGGUGUGAAGGGCGUCGCGCGGCUCAAGGUCAAUCGUGUCCAGUACCAAUGGGAGAAGGAGAUCCGAGAUCCGAUCACGGGCCAGCUCGAACAAAUCUUUCCGGCGUGGAAGCAGCUCUUGCGCCAGUUACUCCUGAUCCCGUUUGCGUCUGUCGCGACCCUGGCUCUCGGCACGUUGAUUGUGGUCACUUUUGCCUCGGAAGUGUUCAUCUCAGAAGUUUAUGAUGGGCCACUGAAGGGGUACCUGGAAUUCGUGCCCACGGUUCUCUUCUCGCUCUCCCUCCCCAUCAUUAACCCAUUUCUAACCAACAUGGCGACGUGGUUGACCGACUACGAAAACUACCGCACGCAGGACCAGUACGAUUUGGCCCAAACGCAAAAGACCUUUGUCAUGCAUUUCAUUACGGCCUUUCUCCCUACCAUCCUGACUGCAUAUGUCUAUGUCCCAUUCGGGGCAUUCAUCGUGCCCCAUUUGGACCUCCUGCGGCGAAUCGGCCUCGAGACCAAGUCGAUCAAACCAUACACCGACUUUCAGGUGGACACUACCCGGCUUCAGAAGGAAGUGGUUUAUUUGUCGAUGACGGCACAGGUCCUCAAUUUCGGCCAAGAAGUGGUGCUGCCCUAUGUCAAGCAGACACUAUGGCAGAAAUGGCGCAGCUACAGCGACCGCAAAGCAGAAAUGGGCCGCAAGCGCAGCUUAUCCAGAGCGGCCAGUCUCUCCAAUUUCCUAUUGAUUGACUCGCCAGAUGAAGCAUCCUUCUUGGCACGCGUGCGCGCCGAGGCCGAUGCCGACGAAUACAAUGUCGAGGAGGAUAUCCUGGAGAUGUGCGUGCAGUUCGGAUACUUGGCCUUGUUUGGCGUGGCGUGGCCCCUGGUGCCCCUGGGGUUUCUGCUCAACAACUGGCUCGAACUGCGUGGCGAUUUCUUCAAGUUGACUCUCGAGUGCCAGCGCCCGCCCCCCAUCCGAUCGGACUCCAUCGGCCCCUCGCUGCUAGGGCUCGAGUUCCUGGCCUGGCUGGGCACACUCUCCACCGCAGCCAUCGUGCAUCUCUAUCGCGGACCUAUCUCCGAUGUCCGCCUAUCCUACCUCCUACUAACGAUCUUCAUCGCGGAGCAAGCCUACCUGGCCACCCGCUUCGCGGUCGCCACCGCUCUGCGAAAGAUCUUCUCAGAUACCAUUUCCCGCGAGGAGGCCCGGCGGUAUGCAGUCCGCAAGGGCGUCCUCACAGCACGCACCGCAGCAGCAGAAGCAGGAGCCCCCGGCUCCCUCGUGUUGUCGACCACCAAGCCUCGGCACCGCGUGCGUUUCAACGAAAAAGUCAACGUCUACUGCUCCACGACAGCUAUAGAACCCUCGCCAGAUGGCACUCCAUCACCAACAGGUGAACUCUCGCACGACGAAGUCCUGUGUGGAUCCGACCGUGAGGCCCAGUUCUGGAACGGGCCUAAACACACUCACAUUUCGACCACGACCGAUAUGACGGACGCGGGGGUCAAGCUGAUCCGCGCACUGAAUACGCAUAGAACCGCAGGGCAUGCGCAAAAAAUGUCCAAAGCUGCAUAG